AUGGAUCGCGACACAAAUGGAAAAAAUGUCGUUAUAACUGGUGGUGCUGAAGGCUUAGGCCUAGCUAUGGUUAAAAGUUUUCUUAAACAUGGAGUGAAAUUAGUUAUCAUUCUCGAUAUAAAUGAAAAACUUGGAAAUGAGACCACGAAAAAUUUGAACCAAACUUAUCCUGGCAGAGUCGUCUUCUACAAAUGCAAUGUUUUAACAGAUUUAGAUAACACUUUUGAUAUUAUCAUUAAAAAUCACAAAAAGGUGGACAUUUUAGUGAAUAAUGCUGGAAUUCUUGACGAAAUUAAUAUUCGAAGAACUAUGGAUAUAAAUAUAACUGCCGUUAUGGAGUGGUCGAUGAAGUUUUACGAACACAUGAGAAUUGAUAAAGGAGGAAGUGGUGGUACAAUAAUUAAUGUUUCAUCAAUAUUUGGAUACAGAAUCACAGCUUACAUACCUUAUUAUCAUGCUUCUAAAUAUGCAGUGAUUGGUUUCUCCAAAUCUCUUGGGCAUCAAACCAAUUUUAAUAAAACUGGAGUGCGGGUAGCCACUUUGUGUCCAGGACUAGUGCUUACGAGUUUAAGUUCAGCUCCGGAAAUAAGAGAAAAAGACAUGCUCCCAUCAUUCAAGCUAGAUCUUGAAGCGUAUGAAUGGCAAGGGAGUGAAUUUAUUGGGGAGGGUACAGUGGAAAUAUUUAAACAAGCUGACAGUGGCACUGUUUGGGUUGUGGAGGGUUCCAGACCUGCAGCAAAAUUGGAUAUA